GGCGGAGCCUGUGCGUGUCGUUACCACAGAGAUGGUGUUAUUUAUCCCAGUAUUAGUCCCGACAGUCAGCGGACGCUUUCACCGCUUAUCGGAGGAUUUAACGGGAAUUAAAACACAACCGGAGCUUCUCAGCUAUGGUGGCAUCCAGCUUUUGAAGCUUUCAAAGGAUGCAUACAACACGCAGCCCUUCAUCCAUCCCCACAGGAGUGUCAGGAGAUGCUCUGGACCUCAGCUUAUCAGGCUCCCAGCUCUCUAUGUCCAAGCGGCCGAGUAGCGCUUCACCAGGGAAGUACUUCUCUCGGUCGGUGUCGGUCUCUGUGGCGGGAGACAGCAGAGGGAAACGCAACACGUUGGGCGACGCCAGCUUGAGUAGCUCCCGCUCCAUCAAGAACCUGAGGCGCUCCAACAGCACCACUCAGGUCAACCAGCAGGCCAACAUCAGCUUAAGUCAGGACCAGAGCGAGGACUACUUAACUCUGUUUGACAGCAGCUCAGAUGGACGCAAGAAGCUGGCGAGUCUCAGCAAGACGUCACCGGACAGAACCACAUGGAACAUCCUGGACGACCAGCCCAGAGCCUUCCCCCUCCACUCCAGCUCCCGCAGCACCGGCAGCGUCGACUCCCCCACCGGCCUGAAGAAGAGAGAGCCUGGCAUCGCUCUGGCCGCCACCUUCACCGCCAACAACAGGAGCAACAAGGGAGCUGUGGGGAACUCUGUCACCACCAUCUUACACAACAACUAUUCUGAGAAGCCGCUCACACCGAAGAGCUCCAACCAGAAGCCGUCCUUCAAUAACAUCCUGAAGGCCACAGCGAACGAUGAGGUGUCGCUAGAAAAUGGAUCCCUCACUAAGUCCCAGAAGAAUUUCUCCUCGGCGUCCUCCACCUCCAUCAACAGGCCUCCGGUGUCGGCUCAGCGAGGCAGCCCUGUUCUGUCCCGGAGGAGGGAGGUCACAGAGGAGGAGGCUGAAAGGUUCAUUCAGCAGGUGAACCAGGCAGCAGUCACUAUUCAGCGCUGGUACAGACGCCAAGCCAAGCGACAUCACACCAACCAGGCGACGCUCAAACGCAUCCUUGCCAGUAAAAGAAAGGAGUGGGAGGAGAGAACAGAGGAGGAUGGUCGCCUGGAGCAGCAGCAGAAGAAGGACGAAGACAGAAAACGGAUUCGUGAGGAGAAAGCUCGACUGGCUCGCCUCGCUGCCAUCCAGGAGCUGCAGCAGAAAAGAGCUCAGCGGGCUGCAGAGGUUCAACAUGCAGCCGAGGUGGAGCUGGAAGGUCUGAGGCAGGCCGGUGUGGUGGGACGGAGGAAACCGCCAAAGAUAUCAGUGACCAACAAAAGUCUGGCCUCACCGAGUAACAACAGCCCGAUGUCACCAACAGACAUCAAGACUAAGAACACAGAUUCCAAUUUGAACAUUGUGGCCGACAUAGUUGAGCUGAGCUUCCGAGCCAUUUCUCCUGCUUUAUCCAGCCACAGAGGCUCCCAGUGUUCACAGGAGCAGGAGGUCAGAGCAGAGGAGGACGUUUCUGCGGAGCAGCAGCAUCAGGAGAGCGACAGGAAACUGAUCCGUAAAGAGAAAGCUCGUCUGGCUCGACUCGCCGCCGCUCAGGUCAACACAUCCGAUCUGCAGCAGAAAAGAGCAGCUCGAGCUGCAGAAGUUCAUCAUCCAGCCGAGGUGGAUCUGGAAAACCUGAGGCCAGCCGCCGUGGUGGGACGGAAGAAGCCGCUCAAGAUUUCUUUGACCAACAAAAGUCCGGCCUCACCGAGCAACAACAGCCUGAUGUCACCGACAGACAUCAAGACUAAGAACACAGACUCCAAUUUAAAUGUCGUGGCUGAUUUAGGUGAGCUGAGCUUCAGAGCGGUUUCUCCAGCUUUGUCCAACCGCCGAGGCUCCCAGUGUUCACAGGAGAUCCUGCAGAGGUCGGUGAGUGUGGAGGACCAGCGGCAGGGAACUCUGUCCAGCAGGGCUCAGUCCAAAACCACCCUCAACGAGCUGCUGGACACCCUGAAGCUGCUGGAGGAGGAACCAGAGAGGCUGUCGGAGCCAAAGUGUUACCGCAAAGAGAAAUACGCCUGGAUAGACGAGGACGGGGACUCCAACUCUCUGACCACCGACAACCUGGAGCGUCAUGGACAGCUGAGCCACCAUCCGGCGCUGCCAGAUGGGGGCGCUCUGCUCUCUGAGGCCAAGCUGCAGAGCAUCAUGAGCUUCCUGGACGAGAUGGAGAAGUCUGAACAGGAGAGGCCACGCUCGGUCACCUCCGGAUCACACAGAGAGGCUGUCCUGUCCGAGGAGGAGCUGGUCGGUGUCGAGCAGGCAUCAGCCACCGCCGCUGAAGUCACCGGCUCCAUGAUGAGGAUCAAAAUGGAGCUGGAGGAGAAAAAACGCACCAUUAACAUGCUGCAAACGGCACUGGCCCAGCAGAGGGAGCUGACCGUCAGACAUGUGAAGGAGACCGAGAAGGAGCUGAGCAGGAACUUCCGUCUCCAGAAGGAACAAUAUGAAGCCACCAUCCAGAGACACCUCACCUUCAUCGAUCAGCUCAUCAACGAUAAAAAGGCUCUGAGUGAGCGCUGUGAAGGAGUGGUCGGAGAGCUGAAGCAGGUGGACCAGAAGUACACCAAGAAGAUGGCACAAAUGCAGGAGCAGCAUGAAAUGGUGUGGCAAAUUCUCGGUCCCUUGUGUGAGGAGAUCAAGAAGUUAAAGGACCUAAUGAGUGCCACGGAGAAGAUCCGCCGGGAGAAAUGGAUUGAUGAGAAAACCAAGAAGAUCAAAGAGAUCACAGUCAAAGGUCUGGAGCCAGAGAUCCAGAAGCUGAUAUCGAAGCACAAACAGGAGCUGAAGAAGCUGCGAACGCUCCACGAGGCGGAGCUGCUGCAGGCGGACGACCGGGCCGCCCAGCGAUACGUCCGGCAGUGUGAGGAGCUCCGGCAGCAGCUGGAGAAGGAGAAGGAGGAGCAGUGCCAGAGAGAGAGGGAGCUGGCCAAGCAGAGAUACGAGAAGCAGCUUCAGGAGGAGGAAUUAUCGCUGCAGCAGCAGAGGAGGCGACUCUACAAGGAGGUGUCCGACGAGAAGGAGAGGCUGGCCCAGCUGGCCGCGAGGCAGCGCGUCGAGCUGGAGGAUCUGAGGCGGCAGCUGGAGGAGAACAGCUCUCUGGCCGGACGAGCUCUGAGAGAAGAGCUGGACAAAACCCGAGAGGAGCAGGAGAGGAGGCACCAGGUGGAGAUGAAGGCGCUACAAGAGCGUCUGGACAUUGAAAAGCAGACGUGGGAAGAAAACUACAAGAAGAAAGAGGAAGCCUGGCUGCUGAGCCGCGAGCGAGAACUGAAAGAAGGGCUGCGACGAGAACGUGACAAAGAGAUCGAACUCGCCAUCUGGACGCUGGAGGAGGAGACCAGCAAGGACAAGGAGGAGUGUGAGAGGGCAGCUGACAGCAGGGUGAAGCGAGUCAGAGAAAAGUACGAGUCGGAGCUGAGGGAGCUGGAGCGCUCUGAGAGGACGGCGGUGGAGAAACAGCAGGAGCUGAGGAAGCAGCAGAUGGAGACGGAGGGAGAAAUGAUCCGACUUCAGGCUCUGCUCAGGCAGAAGGAGCAGGAGAUAGAAGACGUCACGCAGACCAAGGACAAGCUUGCCGACGAGCGCCGCAGCCUGGCCGAGGUGAUCCGGCAGGAGUUCGCCGACCGCCUGGUGGUGACGGAGGAGGAGAACCGGCGGAUGAAGGUGGAGGUGUCGGAGGUCCGAGCGAGGCUGAGGUUGGAGGUGGAGAGGAUCACCAGGGAGAAGGAGGAGGAGCUGGCUGAAGUCCACCAGCGGGUGAAGUCGGCCAUCUUGAAGAAGGAGGAAACCGUCAGUAACCUCCGGAAGCAGCACGAGGCUGCUCUGAAGAGGGCGGACCACCUGGAGGCCUUGUGGGAGCAGCAGAGGAAGCAGCUGCUGGAGAAGUGACUGACAGGACGGCCGGGUUUUCAUCUCCGUGGACCUCCUCCCCCUCUCCUCCCCCUCCUCACCCUCCUCACCCUCCCGCUGCUAUGAGCUGCAUUGUGCUCAUUGUGUCGCCGUGUUCCCCCCCGACCCCUCCUCUGGAUGUCGUUCCUGCCAGCAAGACUGAACCUGUGCAGCUUCAGAAGAUUGAGGCUGAGCUACCUCAGCUGAUAAACACGAAAAAACGGGGGAAAGGAACGAAGGAACUGGGCCUCACUGUGUAGCCGCCUCCCCCCCAGACCAGGUGGCACCAGAUAAAAGGCCUCAGACGGACCGGCCUGUCUUGUCCUUCCAAAAGGAGGGUUUGUGGUUGGUUAGUGCUGCUGUACCCCGUCCUCUUCCCUCCCACUACAGAGGCAGGAAUGUGUUCCCCACAAAGCUGCCACACUGAACACUUCCAGAUGUUCCCGACCAGCCCGGGCCUGCUGCUGGCGGUGGGGGCUGUUCUCCCUGCAGGACCCGAGACUCGGAGCAUCAGAGCCCUAAACAAGCCACGGAGCGCCUUUAUCUGUUGAGCCAUGCGUUUUUGUCCCGGUGCCCCCUGCAGGCGAGCGCUAAUUACUGGAUCCAGAACCAUAAAUACCCCUCGCUGCCCCGCGGCCCGCUCUGAGCAAAACCAAACUCUUAACACGGCGGUUAGAAGCACUAACGCCGGUUACCGGGUUGAGUUAGAGUGUUUCUAGAAAGAGCGAGUUUGGGACUUGAAAGGAAAACGAAAGAAGAAAAAUGGGACGUCUGAGGUCAGAUGAUUGCAGAGUGGCUUUGAGAAGUUUUUUUCUGAAUGUAGGGAAGAAAAAGAGGUAGAAGGAGGGGGGGAGGAAUGUGUAGAAAAUGUUUAUAGGAUUAGGAAAGCAGAGCCGGGACAGAGCGGGGCGGCGGGUGGGUUAAAGGGGGCACCAGGCAUGUGACCAGAGGGACCAAACGCAUCCAAAGAGACGAGUCGCACACAUUCACAAACUCCCAGGAGCCGCCGCCGUUUGUUUUUUUCGUCCCUCAACCCUUAAUGAAGACAUGUGGAAGCCCCUCUCGCAGACACAGAAAGUCUUUGUGGAUAAGAUUUCAGCGAGAGCCGGUCCAUAGCUUGACUUGGCGACGGGUGGAGCAGCUGUAACCAGAGUUGGUGCUGCUCGGAGAAACUCUAAACCCCGAAGUAAGGCCUGUUAUUUAGGUACAACGCGAUGUGAAAGAGCACAGUGUGAUGUGACUGUAAAGGCCUCCGGAUUAGACCUCACUGUCACAGCCUAUUUAUUCUCUCUCCUUUAUUUAUUGUAGCGCUCGACCUUCGCGGCGCCACAGGAAGGUCGAGGAUGUGAAGUAGUUUUUCUUAAACGUUGUCAAGACGUCGAGUGUUUAUUUGUUGUUUUUUUAAAUUGUUUUUAUCCUUUCUGUCGCGGUUAGACGUUACAAUGGUGCCAUUUUUAGAUGUUCUAAAAACUGUACGUCAGGUUUUUCUGACACGGAAGUCGUCCGAGCCACAACGAGUGAAACGUGAACUCGUAAGUAGAGCAGAUUUAGUUUGGUUAGUUCCAUUUAACUGUCGACCGAAUGUAAACUUUUGAAGCAUUUUUAAGAAAAAGAAAAUGUGAAUUAGUCUUGUUUGCCUUGGCUGCUUUGGAGCGAAUAAACAGGAGGUGGCGCUGUAGACGACACGGCUGUAGAAAAGUUGUCUUCUUGGUGUUUUUACAAACUCGUACAUCCGUCUGCAGCGACACUGAGCUCUUUUCUCUCAGCAGCUUGGUUUAUUCUCACGCCAGAUGUGUGACAUCUUCUCCGCUGUGCAAAGGAUUGUGGGUCAGAGGGGACAGGAAGUCGUGCUGCAGACUGGGAAAUGAGACAUCCUGGUGUCUGAUACUUUCGUUUUCUAGCAAACUGUAGUGAACUGAAAAAUUAAGCCGGUUAAAAUCUAAAUUUGAAUCAGUGCAGUUAGACUAUUAUGGCUGUUAAAUAAAGAGACUCGGCCUCUUCUGUGAUUUAAUUUAACUCGAAUCUAUUGGAUCUUUAAUGCUGAACGUUGAUCAUCGUACCGCUGUGAUUCGACUGACGGAAACUUUACACCUCGGAUGUCUUACAGAAACUAUUUCAGUGGUUUUCUAAAUUCUCACCGCCCUUCCUGUGUGACAGUCGCCUUCUGUAGUGGUGUCUAGUGUGUUUACGCUCUUAGUGAAUAUUAUUGUACUGAAGCUUCACAACUUAUAUCAGCAAUGAAACUUCAAAAUCUAUCAGAAAAAUACAGUUUUCACAAAUACAUCCAGAAGGACUGACAGAAUGACUGCAAAAACAGAGUAGAAAAGGAUGCACAAUAAUCACAAGUAGACGCAAAACAACCACAAAAAGACGCAAAUGGAUGCAAAACCACUGUAAAGACACACAAACAGAUAAAAAAUAAACACAAAUUGAUGCACAAACAGACACAACCCAACCACAAAGACACACAACUUGAUGAGAAAAAAAAGACCAAAUGGACAAAAAAUUAACACAAACUGAUGUAAAACACCACAAAUGAACACAACAUGACUGCAAAGAGAGACCAGUUUAUUUAAAGGAUGCAAAGGUAACACAACACGACCAGAAAGGGACACACACUGAACACAAACGGACAUAAUGCAAACUAAAAGACACGUGCGUGAUGUAAACAGUCAACAAAGAGCCAGAAAAAACGCAUAAUGACCACACAAAAACACAAAAUGACCACAAAAGAGACAGAAAAUGACCACAAAAAGCCAGAAACGCAUAAUGCCCACAAAAGAGACAGAAGAGAGCAAAAAAUGACCACAAAACCCAGAAAGAACACAAAAUGACCAUAAAGACAAACAAAAUGACCACAAAAGAGCAAAAAAAUGACCACAAAAAGAAGAAACAACACAAAAUGCCCACAAAACACACAAAUUGACCCCAAAAACACACAUAAUGACCACAAAAAGACACAAAAUGACCACAAGAGAGAAAAUGAGCACAAAAACCAAAAACAACACAUAAUGACCACAAAACGCAAAAUGACCGCAAAAGAGAGCAGAAAAUGACCACAAAAUCCAGAAACCACACAAAAUGACCACAAAAGAAACAGAAAAUGACCACAAAAAACACAAAAUGACCACAAAGUUUCAGUGUAGGUGUGAUUUUUAUGUCUGUUGUUGGUUUGUGAUGUAAUUUGAAGACGUCAUUAUUUCCUAAAACCACUGAGAUGACGGUUCAAAAACGUCCAUCAUGCCUUUUUAUUAGUGCAGUAGUUUGGAGUUAUUUUGUUCAGAGAUCAGCUGAAACAAUAGAUGUUGAUUUUUAACUGUCAAGGUAAAAAUCAGCCUCCAUGGUUUCACCUCAUGCCUGAACAGAAGAACUCCAAACUACCACUGAGGUGACGGUUUGAUUCCACAUCAGGUAGAUCCUGAAUUACAGCCUUUCAGAUCUGAUGUCUGCAGUUUUUCAGAUUCCAGUUUCAGUUUACAAUCGGUUAUUUGUUCAGCUCUAGUUAGAAGAACUUGCCCAGGAAUCGUAAAACCUGACGAUCUUUUGUUUAAUUCUGUCCUUUUCAAGACCUUAAAACCGCUGAAUUUUGAUUCAAAUAUCUCCGUAAUGGAUUUAAAAGACGAUGGAAUUUAACAGUUUAAACGCUGGACCCUAAAUUACAGACUUUCAGAUUUGAUAAUUGCACUGUUUCAAACUAAUUUAAAUGUAGAAAUGAUUAAUUGUUCAACUCUGGUUAGUCUUUUUUUGGAAAAUGUCAAAAACUACAUCAAUCAGGUGUAAAAAUUUGGGGAAAAAAUUAGAUUUUUUCUUGAAUUUUUGGAACUUUUUCUAAUGCGAUGCUUCAAAACACAAACUUGGAUUAAUUUAGGAUUUGAUUUAUGUGAUUUUUAAAAGUUAAGCGUCAGUUUGAUAUUCACUGUAAAAUAGAUUUAAAACACAUGAAAAAAUUUAAUUUUAAUUUAAAAUCAUGUUUAUUUAGAUUUUUUUUGGAAAAUGUCAAAAACUUUAUCAAGCAAACAUGAAAAAAAAUUAUUUUGAAAUUUUGCCUUUUAGAUGAACUCUUUCCAUCACGAUAUUUCAAAAUGCAUAAUUAUUUCAUUUUUUCAUCUUUAAUUAGUUAUUUUUUGGAUAAAGUCAAAAACUUUGUCAACCAAAUAAAAAAGAGAAUUUAUUUAUUAUUUAGGUCAAACAACACGUCCUUAAUUUUAAAUUUUUUUUUUUAAUAUUGCAUUUCCAUGAAUUCGAUUUUUUCUUGAAUUUUUGGAACUUUUUCUGCUGCGAUCCUUCAAAACGAAACACAAACUUGGAUUAAUUUUGGAUUUGAUCUGUAAUGAUUUUUUUCAAUAUUCACUCAAAUAGAUUUUAAACAUGAAAAAAAUGUAAUUUUGAUUUAAAAUCAGUAGUUUUUUCAUCUUUAAUUAGUUAUUUUUUUGGAAAAAGUCAAAAACUUUAUCAAGCAAACAUAAAAAAACAGGAAUUUGUUUUGGAAUUUUGUCUUUUAGAUGAACUCUAUUUGGGAUUUGAUUUGUAAUAUGAUUUUUAAAAGUCAAACUUCGGUUCAAUAUUUACUGUAAAAUAGAUUUAAAACACAAGAAACAACAUGAAAAACUGGAAAUUAAAUUAAUUUAAAAUCAAUAAUUUUUUCGUCUUUAGUUCUUUUUUGGAAAAAGUCAAAAACUUUAUCAAGCAAACACAAACAGAGAAAAUAUUUUUUAAUUUUGCCUUUUAGAUGAAUUUUUUCUGUCACGAUAUUUCCAAAUGCAGCCACAGAUUUAAAACGUUUUAUGGAGCAUCAACAGCCUGAAAAUCUAUUAGUGUUCAUUCCUCAAUAGUUUGUUUUUAGAAAGUCAAACUCAUCCUUAUUUUUAUUUUUUUUUAAAUUAUACUUUUUCUCUGAACUUUUUCCACUGCGUUGCUUCAGAUUAACUCUAAACAUGGAGGUCUAGACGUGAUCUAGUGUUAGUUUGAGCCACAUUUUUAACAUUAAUUCAGUUAAAACUCCUUUAAACUGGACCAAACCUCCGGUCGGAGCAGCUGCUGAGUCACUGCUUCGCUGUGAGUCACAGCAGACGAGGGAUUGGUCCGGCGGGGCGGCGAUGUGAGUUGGCAUUCCUCAUGCAUGGCCGUCCUACGAGUGCCAGUGAGCCUUUCCUUUGUGUGUUUGUGCGACGCCAUUCCUCCCAUUGUGACCUGAACCGACCCCCAGACUCACCACAAACCAUCCGGCUGCUGGCGCUCACUGUUCCCUUGAAAGGCUCGUUAUCUUAAAAACAACGACCAGAAUGACUCCAAAAUUUAAUUAUUCACAUUCAGAUACACAGUCCUGCACAAACAAACACAGAAUACUUAUCAAGCUGGCAGAAACGUUUAUUACAGACAGUUUAUUUGCUCCUGAACGCACCAUUUCACCCUCUGAACCACAAAAACCACCAUUUAAAAGACGUGUUUUGUUGUAAAACCCACCACAAGUGAUACCCAUUGAAAGAAGAAAGAAGAAACUGCAAAAAACCUGAUAUUUUCAAAUUUCCAACAGAACUUGAACCUGGCAUAUAUUAGUGAGUUUCAAAGUCAUGGUAGCUCUUUAAAAAAUCACCAACAUUACACCAAUUUUUAGAAAUUAUUUCAGCUGCCAUCGCAAAAAAACAGAAUACUCAUCAAGCUAGAAGAAAUGUUUAUUGCAAACUGUUUAUUUGCUCCUGAACGCACCGUUUAACCCUCUGAACCACAAAACUCACCAAAAAUGACACCAGUUAUCAGAGGAAGAAACUGCAACAACACAGAAUCGUCGGAUUUUCAAGUUUCCAACAGUCCUUGAACUAGAUGUAUAUUAGUGAGUUUCAAAGGCAUGGUGUCUUUUU